GUGACCGCUCCUGUCAGUGGGGAAAGACUGGGUGGUCUGGUGCCGAGGGAGCAGCUGUAACUUCUACGUGACCAUGGUACCUGUUGAAAACACAGAGGGCCCCAGCCUGCUGAACCCGAAGGGCAGAGCCCUGGAGACUGAAGGCAGCCCCAGAGCCAGCAGCCGCCGGCAUCCUCCGUGGGCGAGAGGUUGCAGCACGUUCACGCUCCUGACGUCAGUCACCGCUGCAGUCAGUGGCCUCCUGGUGGGUUAUGAACUAGGGCUCAUCUCUGGGGCUCUCCUUCAGAUACGGGCCUUACUAGCCCUGACAUGCCAUGAGCAGGAGAUGGUGGUGAGCUCCCUCCUCGUAGGGGCCUUCCUGGCCUCUCUCCUGGGAGGGGUCCUGAUCGACAGGUACGGAAGAAGGGCUGCCAUCAUCUUGUCCUCCUGCCUCCUUGGACUCGGAAGCCUGGUCCUGAUACUCAGCUUAUCUUAUACGGUUCUUAUCAUGGGGCGCAUUGCUAUUGGGGUUUCCAUUUCACUGUCUUCAAUUGCCACUUGUGUCUACAUCGCAGAAAUUGCACCCCAACACAGAAGAGGACUUCUUGUGUCCUUGAAUGAGCUGAUGAUUGUCAUUGGCAUUCUUUGUGCCUACAUUUCAAAUUAUGCAUUUGCCAAUGUUUCCCAUGGCUGGAAGUACAUGUUUGGCCUUGUUAUUCCCUUGGGACUUCUGCAAGCCAUUGCCAUGUAUUUUCUCCCUCCAAGUCCCCGGUUUCUGGUGAUGAAAGGACAGGAGGAAACUGCGAGCAGAGUUCUUGGAAGACUGAGGAACAUUUCAGAUACCACAGAAGAACUCACUGUAAUCAAAUCCUCUCUGAAAGAUGAAUAUCAGUACAGUUUUGGGGACCUGUUUCGUUCAAAAGACAACAUGAGGACCCGAAUCAUGAUUGGCCUGACCUUGGUAUUUUUUGUACAAACGACUGGCCAGCCAAAUAUAUUAUUCUAUGCAUCCACUGUGUUGAAGUCUGUUGGCUUCCAGAGCAAUGAAGCAGCUAGUCUUGCUUCCACGGGGGUUGGGGUGGUCAAGGUCAUCAGUACCAUCCCAGCCACCCUUCUUGUUGACCACAUUGGGAGCAAAACCUUCCUCUGUGUUGGCUCUUCUGUGAUGGCAGCCUCACUGGUUACCAUGGGCAUUGUGAAUCUCAACAUUGACAUGAACUUCACCAAUAUCUGCAGAAGCCAUAGUCCCCUCAACCAGUCCUCGGAUGAGUCUGUGUUUUAUGUUUCAGGAAACCUGUCAGUCAGCAAUGACACACUCAAAGCGUCCUUUAAGGAGAUCACUUCUCCUAACAGAAGCUCACUAAUGCCCAUGAGAAAUGAUAUGCGUAAAAGAGGAGAGUCAACUUUGGCAUAUUUUCCAAGUGCUGGGCUGAGCCCAACUGGACAGCAGACAAUCACUGAUCCCGUGGACAUCCCUGCUUUUUUGAAAUGGUUAUCGUUAGCCAGCUUGCUUGUUUAUGUUGCUGCCUUUUCAAUUGGUCUAGGACCAAUGCCCUGGCUGGUGCUCAGUGAGAUUUUCCCGGGCGGAAUCCGCGGGCGAGCCAUGGCGUUGACUUCCAGCAUGAACUGGGGCAUCAACCUGCUCAUCUCGCUGACGUUUCUGACCGUGACGGAUCUCAUUGGCCUGCCGUGGGUGUGUUUCAUCUAUACAAUCAUGAGUCUGGCAUCACUGGCUUUUGUUGUUCUGUUUAUACCUGAGACAAAGGGAUGCUCUUUGGAACAAAUAUCGAUGGAACUUGCAAAUCAGAACUAUGUGAAAAACAACAUUUGCUUUAUGAGUCAUCACCAAGAGGAAUUAGUGCCAAAACAACUUCAAAAAAGAAAUCCCCAAGAGCAGCUCUUGGAGUGUAAAAAGCUAUGUGGUAGGGAGCCAUCAAAGCAGCUUUCUCCAGAGACCUAAUGGCCUUGAAAUCUUCCACAUUUCGAAUCAGAGUAAGAACCCUUAGAGUAGGGUGUCUUUGUACCAAGACACAUGCGCCACUCCCCCCCCCCCAUGCCUUCUUUCUUCUUCAGUGUCAUGGGGCACCCCGAGUGGUAGACCUUUCACCUCCAACUAUCCAAAAGGAACUCAGAAAGCAAAUGAGGUACGGGUUCCUCAGUGAUCUUUUUCUGAACAAAGUUAUCAGGUUAAAAAAAAUACUGGCUGGUUCAGUACUUCCUGUUUUACAGAGGAGCAGCCUUUCAAAAACUUGGAGCUAGUGAUGCAAUCAGCUUUUGCCUUAACGUAAGUGUGACAGCCCACUGGAUACUAUGUGCACAAGUACAGAGGACACAAUGUGGACAACUCCUGAGUGCAAGGUUAGGGCAGGGCCCUCGCUGGGAUUCUAGUGAUGAUUCUGAACUAGUUCAACAAGUACAAGGGUGAUACAGCUUACUCGAUGAACUACAAUUUAAUAUAAAAUUUCCCACUUUUACUUUCAUGUAAAAAUAUAGUAUUAAAAGCUUGGUAGUAGUUGAGAAAAGCAUUUUCCACCCACUGAAAGUAUGAAUAGAAAAAGACAAUUAAAAAAUCCUGAGGCUAUAUUUACUUAGUAGUAAUUACAUUUAGAAAGGAGUCAGGCCAUUACAUUAUCUAUCUAAAUUUUUAAGUAAUAAAGUUUGACAUAUUAAAUCAAGCUCAUGAAAAUUCUCUCUAGAAGGCAAGACUUUCAUGAUAACUUUAGAGCAAUCCACAGUUUUCUGUAAUUCUUCAUACUCCUCAGGAAUAUCACUACCUCAGACUAUGCCACAGGCUCUAACAGAUGCCGUCAGAAGGCUGCAGGUUAGGACGGUCAGCCAUCAGAAUUCCCUCACUGUGCUCUCCUCUAUGAUGAAAGAGAUGGCCAACUGUACAAGAAACUUGGGUUUUCAUCCACAACGGAUUGCUCUUUUCUGUAUUUCUCCAGUCAAAUUUUAGGAUUUGAAGGACUUUUACUAAUAGAAUUUGGAUAUAAUAUAAAAAUCUACAAUAAAGAAUAUCAAACCACUGAAUAGCAGCAGUUCCUUAAAUUGUUUUUUAUACACUAAGGAGUUACACAUAAAACUUAAGACAGCAUGAACAACUGAACUUGAAAAAUAAUUUUAAAAGUAUGAUUUACCCUGAAGAAAAGAAAAUUCUAAAAGGCCAAAACUUUCUAUGUGGCUUGGAAUUUUCCUACUGGCCCUUAACAGACUUCCAAUUUGAUAUGUAGGCAUAUGACCAACCACAUUCCCUUAGAACAAAGUGGAAAGAUUAUAAAUCUAUGUAAGCACCGGAACAAGUGUAUUAUCUAAGACUGAGGAGAAAUUACUGGUCCUGAAAUUACUGUCCAAGUUAAAAUUGUUAAGAGAAGUUAGGAGAUCUGAAUUUCAACUUUAGAAUCUCAAAUAUACUCUUGUUAUUCAGAGUCUAUAAACAAUUCUGUCUGUAAUUUUUACCCAGUAUGCCCCCAGAUACUUUCUGCUUUUCAAAAAUAAAAAAAAGGGGGGAAACUAGUCACUUGUAUGUAUAUGUUCACAAUUUUUAUUUAUAAAAAGAAUUUACAGCACUUGUGAAAAGCCAGCAGAAGACACCAGACACACUCACUUCUUACCAGUUUUGUUAAAAAGUUUAGCAGGCUAGCCAUGCCGCUCUCCAGGUGAUGCUUAUGAAGCAGCCCUGAAACCAGACCUGGUCAGAUUGUCUUUUUUGUCUUCUUUUUUGAGAAAGCAUUUUGAUAAACUACUGAUCUAACCAGCUUCAAGUCACUCCAAUACUGAAAGUAUUACAAUAUCUAAUUUUGCACACUGGCCAUAUAACCAUGUUUUUCCCUUUCUUCUUCUUCUUCUUCUUUUUUUUUGGUGAACACUGCAAAAUAGGAGGUCACUAUUUUUUAGUUACUAUUAAUUAAAACUAAGUGGAAAAUCUCAAAUGGCCCACAGUUGUUGCAUUUUAUUCUCUGUAUUUUAUGAGGUUACCUAUUCUACUGGGUUUUAAAAUGAAGCAAAUAAAAUACAAAUGUUUAAAAAAAAA